AUGUCUCAUGCGGAGAUGACUCCACCAGGAUCGUUCAAGGACCAAGACCAUAGAGAUGAAAUCGACAGCGACAAGAAACCCAAGUCCAGAAGACCUGCCAAUACAGCUUUCAGACAACAACGGCUAAAGGCCUGGCAACCUAUCCUCACCCCGAGAAGUGUAUUGCCAAUUUUUUUCGUCUUUGGAGUGAUCUUUGCGCCCAUCGGUGGUCUCCUUCUGUGGGCGAGCUCACAAGUGCAAGAGAUUGUCAUCGAUUAUUCAGAAUGUGCGGAAAAGGCGCCUUCUUAUCCUGUAUCAAUUGCAGACAGAGUACAUUCAUCAUUCAAGUCAUCGAGCGAGCAGUUCACUCCAACAUGGGAGCGCCACAUAUCGAACGGCACUACGAUCUGUCGUCUUAGUUUCGAGAUUCCUGACACUAUUGGACCACCAGUCUUCAUGUACUACCGCCUCACCAAUUUCUACCAGAAUCACCGCCGAUACGUCAAGUCUCUUGACAUUGAUCAGUUGAAAGGUAAAGCCGUUGACAACAAAUCCAUUGACAGGGGCUCAUGUGACCCUCUCAAACUGGAUCCUACGGGAAAAGCCUAUUAUCCAUGCGGGCUGAUUGCGAAUUCCAUGUUCAAUGACACAAUCCAUAGCCCUGAGCUGCUCAGUGACUUGAACCCGAAGGUCUAUUUCAUGACCAAUAAGAGCAUCGCCUGGGACAGCGACAAAGAACUCAUAAAGAAGACGCAAUACAAACCAUGGGAAGUGGUUCCACCGCCAAAUUGGCGUGAUCGUUAUCCGAACGGUUAUGUCGACGGUAUCCCUGACCUUCAUGAGGACGAAGAAUUCAUGGUUUGGAUGAGAACCGCAGCCCUACCCGCCUUCAGCAAGCUUUCCCGCAGGAAUGAUACUAUGCCUAUGGAAGCUGGGUCUUAUCGCUUGGAUAUUGAAGACAGGUUCCCGGUCAGCGAGUAUGGUGGUACGAAGUCGAUUCUUAUAUCCACCAGGACUGUCAUUGGUGGACAGAACCCGUUCAUGGGGAUAGCCUAUGUUGUCGUUGGUGGUAUUUGUGUUUUACUGGGAGCACUCUUUACACUUGCGCAUCUCAUUCGACCUAGGAAACUUGGUGACCACACCUAUCUGACUUGGAAUAAUGAACAAGAAAGCACAGCUGUAGCAACGGGAAGAGAUGAAAGAUUUGGUUCCCACAAUCAUUGA